CCUGAAAACCACGAUGAAUAUUCAUCUAUCUCCCUAUACUAGUAGUAUUUCAAAUCUCAACACAUUUCUUCUUUAAAAUAAAUUCAAUUUUUCCGAUGUAUAUAUAGACUACUUACGACUAUAGCUUUUCAACUUGCAUAUCAUCCUCCAGCACUCCAACAAUGGCGGGGACGUCAAGGUCGGCCAGGCCGACCGAGCUUCAAAUGCACAAGAGAUGGAAAGACAGAGACACCAGCCCUGAACGGACCAAAGUCUGGACUGAGCCGCCCAACUCUAAGCUCAAGUCCUCCGACAGAAGGGUCCCCGUUAUCUAUUAUCUUUCCCGAAACGGCCUGCUCGAACAUCCCCAUUUCAUGGAGGUUCCUCUUUCCUCCCCCGAUGCCCUCUAUCUAAAAGAUGUAAUCAAUCGCUUGAAUUCCCUCCGUGGGAAAGGAAUGGCUUCAUUGUAUUCCUGGUCUUGCAAAAGGAGUUAUAAGAACGGAUAUGUGUGGCACGAUUUAUCGGAGAACGAUUUUAUAUAUCCAGCUCAUGGACAAGAGUAUAUUCUCAAAGGAUCGGAGAUUCGGGACGGUGCAUUUAUAACGAAAUCCGAUGAAACAGUAAUGUGUUCGACUGCGAAAUUACCGGCGCCGCCGGAGGGUCCACUGCGAGUCCACUGCGAGGAAUUCCCGCCGGUUAAAGCUCCGCGGAGGCGGAACCAGUCCUGGAGCUCCUUCGACCUCCACGAGUACAAGGUUUACACCGGCGAGUCCGCGUCACGCGCCGCAGCUGACGCCUCUACUCAAACCGACGACAAGCGACGUCGCCGGCGAGCAGUCAGAGAGAUAGAAGAAGUUCACGAAGGAGAAAAUGAGGAGAAAAACAGAGAAGAGUCCCAGAGGAUCGUCAGCUCUGAUGAGAUCACCGAGAUCUCACCUCCGCCGUCGGAUUCGAGUCCUGAAACGUUAGAGACAUUGAUGAAAGCGGACGGCAGGAUAAUCCUACGGUCGGGGGCGGCAGAUGAGGAUGCGACGGCGCCUGCUUCCAAUAGUAAUCAUCCUCCUAGCGGGAGGAGCAAAGCGUCGUCGGUUUUGAUGCAGCUGUUAUCCUGCGGUUCGAUUGGGUUUAAAGCCUGCGGGCCCGGCCAGGGAAAGGACAAUGGAUUUUCUCUAAUUUCUCACUACAAGGUGAGGUUGCCACGUGGACGUGGUGGUGGGGGAUCGAAUCACGUGGGGAAGGACGCAGAGACGGAAAGCGUAGGGAGCUUGGCGUCCGGGUUUGGGGGGAGGGUAAAGUUGGAAGAAAAAGAGUAUUUCAGUGGCAGCUUAAUAGAGACAAAGAAGGACAAAUUUCCAGCUCUGAAGAGAUCUUCUUCCUUCAAUGCAGAUCGGAGCUCUAAAUUGGAUCUGGGAGGAGUACAAGAAAUGGAGGGAAGCAGAGAAAAUUGCAAACCAAUGAAGCAAAAGGAAAAGGGUACUAUUCUAUCCGCGAGAAGGGAAAGCAGCCAUGACCUCUCUUGCAGUAGCAGCGGUAGCAGUACUACUAGUACCCUCACUUCUUGUGGUCAACAUGGUACAGAAGGAUAGUGGUUCAACCUUAGAAUUCAGGAACAGAGCUUUAAACUUGUGCAUUUGUAGCUUUUUUCUGCCUAUUGGUCCACUAAUCAUCAUAGUAGGCUGUAAAUUUCUUAAUUUUAAUUUGUGUUCUAGAAUAGAAUUGACUCGUACUCCUAGAUAACUUGGUAGUGGAUACCAAUUGAAGGCAACGAAAAAUGUGUUACUCCGUGCUG